CCGCUCUCAGAAGGGCAGGAGUGGAGCCAUCACUAGUGCAAGAGGUGUUCUUUGGCAAUGUCCUCAGCGCAAAUUUGGGGCAAGCUCCGGCAAGGCAGGCUGCUCUUGGUGCAGGAAUACCAAAUUCUGGGAUUUGCACAACUAUUAACAAAGUUUGUUCAUCUGCGAUGAAAGCCAUAAUGAUUGCAUCACAGAGCAUUGAGCUUGGUACCAAUGAUAUAGUUGUGGCUGGUGGAAUGGAGAGUAUGUCUAAUACGCCUAAGUACCUAACAGAUGUAAG